CAAAAUAUGUUGGGAAAAUUUUCAGAGCAAGCAGAAAUAAAUGCAUCAGCAAGUGAAGUGUGGAAUCUCUAUUCCACUAUUCAAUUUGUCAAAUUUCUUGUUGAAAAACACAUUGUUGAAAAGAUUGAGUUUAUUGAAGGCAAUGGUGGCAUUGGUUCAGUCCUGCAAGUUACUCUUCCUCGUAAUGCUCCAUAUAAAGAGAAAUUCGUCUCAAUAAAUGAUGAAAAACGAGUGAAGGAAAUCGAGGUGGUUGAAGGGGGAUAUCUUGAUGUAGGAUUCAGUUUCUAUGGGUUUAAGUUUGAAGUUAUAGAGAAGGAUGAGAAUUCAUGCAUCGUGAAAAUUACCAUUGAAUUUGAGACUAAAGAUGUUGAAAAUAUUCAUCUUACUCUUGGCAAUCUCCCAGUCUUUGUUGCCAUCUUGAAAGCUACUGUUGAACAUUUCAACGAGAAGAACAAGUAAAUGUAAUCCAGUUUUUAUUGGACUUUAUGCAUCUUUAUAAUUAUAAUUUCUGCUCUUUCAAGUAAUGUAAUGUAUUUUG